CUCUCUCUUCCAAUCAACACCCUUUCCUUUUCCUCUCUGGACGAGAGGAAGGAACUUCGAAGACGAAAGCACUGAUCUUUUCGUUUUUAUAUUUGGUUUUCGGGAGUUGUUUGUCUUGGUGUUGGUGUGUCAAGCUGCUUGAUAGGUUUUUCGUCUGCGAUCUGUGGAUUUCUCAGCGGAAUUUGCUGUAAUUGGGGGUAGGGAUCUAGUUCAAAUCUGAGUUCUUUUCUCCAUUGAAGAGGUUAUGCAAUGGAGCAGCAAGAUCAUUCAACUCCAAAAGGUCCUUCACAUAUCCCAUUGUGGAAGGGUGGUCUGAAAGAUGGAACGAAUGCAUGGGGGAUUCCAUUAGGAAAAAAUUCAUAUCAUGCAUCAAGUGAUGCUAGUCUUUUCUCAACUUCACUGCCCGUUCUUCCUCAUGAGAAGUUGACUCUUGGAUACUCAGGCCCUGCUAUUAAUUCCGCUGAUGACACUUCAAUCAAAUUGGAUAAUCUUGGUAAAGGUGUGGAGGGUAAGGAAUCUUCCAAAGAUGACUUGGACCUCCAGGGUAUUGGGAUCUUGCUUCCUGAUGAUGAAGAUGAACUCUUGGCUGGUAUAAUGGAUGAUUUUGAUCUUAGUGGACUGCCUAGCCAACUGGAAGAAUUGGAAGAUUAUGAUCUUUUUGGUAGUGGAGGGGGCAUGGAAUUAGAUUCUGAUCCUAUAGACCACCUCACCACUGGUAUAGGAAAGGCUAGCUUGUCCGAUGGUUAUGCGGGGAAUGGAAUGCAUUAUGGCAUUCCAAAUGGUGUUGGAACUGUUGCUGGUGAGCAUCCAUAUGGAGAACAUCCUUCUAGAACAUUAUUUGUUCGGAACAUAAAUAGUAAUGUUGAAGAUUCAGAGUUGCGAUCUCUAUUUGAGCAUUAUGGGGACAUCCGAACACUCUACACUGCAUGCAAGCACAGGGGCUUUGUCAUGAUUUCCUACUAUGACAUCCGUGCUGCUCGAACAGCUAUGCGGGCAUUGCAGAAUAAGCCCUUGCGAAGAAGGAAACUGGAUAUCCAUUUUUCAAUACCAAAGGAUAAUCCAUCGGACAAGGACAUGAACCAAGGAACACUCGUAGUUUUCAAUUUAGACCCAUCAGUUUCUAAUGAUGACCUCCGACAGAUUUUUGGAGCGUAUGGAGAAGUGAAGGAGAUAAGGGAAACACCACAUAAACGACACCAUAAGUUUAUAGAGUUCUAUGAUGUAAGAGCAGCGGAGGCAGCCCUUCGAUCAUUGAACAGGAGUGAUAUUGCCGGGAAGCGGAUAAAGCUGGAACCUAGCCGUCCUGGUGGAGCUCGCCGCAACAGCUUGAUGCAGCAAUUGACUCAGGAACUGGAACAAGAUAAUAUCAGGGGUUACAGACACCAUGUGGGUUCGCCUGUUGCCAAUUCUCCUCCAGGAAUAUGGGCACAGUUUGGCAGUCCAACUGAUAAUCAUUUACAAGCUAUUAGCAAGUCUCCAGCUGCAGGAACCAUGGGCCCUAUGGGUGGUAAUCUUUUGCCUGGUUUAGCUUCUGUACUUCCUCCUCUGAUUUCAAAUGCUGUGAAGAUUGCACCAAUUGGAAAAGAUCAAAGUAGAAUUAAUCAUGCUGAUCAGAUGCUCACUACCGGUAACUCAACACAUGGAGUUGCAUUUCCGCAUUCUCACUCGGUUUCCGAACAUAGUAAUGGGAUGACACCAAAUAUGAGCUCCAGUCCAGGAGCUGCAUCUCCUGUUGGUCCUUCCACUUCAGGUGGCUCUGGCAUUGGGACACUAAGUGGACCUCAGUUUCUUUGGGGUAGCCCAACUCCUUAUUCGGAGCAUUCUCAAUCUUCUGGCUGGCCAUCAUCAUCACCAUCUGCAGGGCGUCCGUUUACGCCCAAUGGACAGAUGCAGCAGGGGCAAGGCUUUCCAUAUUCAAACCGUCAUGGUUCUUUUCUUCCAUCAUCAAACCCUCAUCAUCAUGUCGGAUCUGCACCAUCUGGUAUUCCUUUUGAGAGACCUUUUGGAUAUUUUCCUGAAUCACCCGAAACAUCAUUCAUGAGCCAGGUUCCUUUUGGAGGUAUGGGUGUCAACCGGAAUGAGGGAAGUUUGUUGAUGAAUAUGGGUUCUCGAGCUCCUAUGAAUCCUGGGGUUGCUCUAUCUGGAAGCAUUGAUGGCAGUUCCUCCAAUUUCAGAAUGUUGUCUUCUCCAAGAUUUGGACAUGCAUUUUUCGGAACUCCUCCAUAUCCAAGUCCAGGCUCGAUUGGGAUGGAUGGAUUUAUUGACCGUGGAAGAGCUAGGCGAGUUGAUAACAGUGGGAGUCAGCUGGAUAACAAGAAGCAGUAUCAUCUUGACUUGGAGAAAAUUAUAAGCGGGGAAGAUACCCGUACAACAUUAAUGAUAAAAAAUAUUCCAAAUAAGUACACCUCCAAGAUGCUGCUAGCAGCAAUUGAUGAGAAUCACAAGGGCACUUACGAUUUCCUCUACUUGCCAAUUGAUUUUAAGAACAAGUGCAAUGUUGGCUAUGCAUUUAUAAAUAUGUUGUCCCCUUCGCACAUCGUUUCAUUUUAUCAGGCAUUUAACGGAAAGAAGUGGGAGAAAUUUAACAGUGAAAAGGUUGCAUCAUUGGCUUACGCACGAAUUCAGGGCAAAACAGCACUUGUUACACACUUCCAAAAUUCAAGCUUGAUGAACGAAGACAAAAGAUGCCGUCCAAUUCUCUUUCAUUCUGAUGGACCCGAGGCUGGUGAUCAGGAACCUUUUCCACAGAAUGGUUUGGACAUUCCUGUACAUCAAGAAGAUGAUCUUUCUGGGGAUAUACCUGAGUUUCAAAACAAUGAUCUCAGUGAGAAGCUGGAGAAUAGUGGCUUCCUUGGAAGUGGCUUGGAAAGUUAGCAACUAUCUACUAUUGGUGACAAGGCUGUAAAUACUAACGGCUCAAUCGAAAAUCAAGUGUAUGAUAGAAUCAUGCCCAUUUUUGUUGGGGUUCUGGAUGGAUGCACUGAAGCAUAACAACUGUGAACAAAGUUCAAUCUGUUUUUGUGUAGAUAUGAAAUUGAAGAUGCUAAAAUCGAAUAAUAUCCAAUUGUAUAGCAGAAAGAAAAAACCGAGGUUCCAGUGCUGCUCUUCGGUUCACCGUUUCUGUUUUAUUCCGGAAAAUUUCUGCCCGUCUAAUGUUUAUAUGAACUGUCGUUGGAAAGUGGGAUUUGUUUUGAAAUUGUAUAAAGAACAAAAACAAAGAACUUAUCCUGCUUUCUCCCAGUGAAUGUAAAUUUGUACAGAUCAUGAUGCAUUUGAACUUCCUGACUGUUUGUAAUGCAAACAAACAGAAAGUUUUAUAUCAUGCAUUUUCA